GUUACCUGGAGCACGCAAAAUGGCAAAGAAGACUGUGCUAAUUGUAUAUGCUCAUCAGAGUCCUGGCUCCUUUAACUCAGCUGCACUGGAUGUAGCAGUGGAGACACUACAAAAGCAAGGCUGCAAGGUCAUGGUGUCUGAUCUCUAUGCCAUGAACUUUAAAGCAACAGCAACAGCAGAGGAUUUCAAAGGUGAUCUGAAGAAUCCAGAUCUUUUCCGGUACGGGGAGGAAGGAAUGCUUGCUUGGAAGGAGGGUCGACUUAGUGAUGACAUUGUAGCUGAGCAACGCAAAGUGGAGGAAGCUGACCUCAUAAUUUUUCAGUUUCCUCUUUACUGGUUCAGUUUCCCCGCCAUCAUGAAAGGCUGGAUUGACAGAGUUUUUACAUCAGGAUUUGCGUUUUCACUGGAGAAGUUGUAUGGAAAUGGCGUAUUUAAGGACAAAAAGGCGAUGUUGUCAUUCAGUACUGGAGGUAUGGAGUCCAUGUUCCUCCCUGACGGCCUCAAUGGAGACUUAAAUGUCAUACUGUGGCCAUUACAGAACUGUGUGCUGCACUUCUGUGGGUUUCAGGUCCUAGCUCCCCAGACAUUUUGGGCCCCAGCACAUUCUCCCCCAGAAGUGCGAACAUCCAUGCUGAAAGCCUGGCGAGAAAGACUGCAAGAGAUCUGGACAGAAAAUACUCUGCACUUCGCACCCAUAGACCUCUUUGACCUUAGUCCUCAGGGGCAAUUCCGUCUUCGCCCUGAGGUGAAAGAGGAAUACAGUCAUCGUCGCUAUGGCAUUACCACAGCACACCACAUAGGCAGGCCUCUACCUCCGAACAACCAGACCAAACCUGUUUCGGAUAGCAGAUAAAUCACAGAA